GGAAAUAAAUAUUGUUAAUUUCUUUUCGAAAAAAACUUAUUUAUUUAAUACUUUUAAUUAUUUAAAAUGAAUAAUUUUCUGAAACACAAUGAUUGGGCAAGAGAUCCUGCAUUCAAUCAUUUCUGGAGACACUAUGACUUUUCGAAUCAAUGGAUAAAGCAACAUACAGAUGCAUCACGUCAAGUUCAAAUGCAAAUGGUCCAGAGAGAUAAUCUUUCGACUGAACAAUGUUUUAGUGACUCUGAAGAGCCGGAAGUGAUCGAAAGACUUUCUCGGUGUGAAAUAUAUAGUGAAAUUGAGAAUGAAGAAUCAGAUAUUGAAGAAAUGAGUGAAGAGAUGAAAGCAUUUUUUGCAAAAACACAAGAACAUCGUCAAAAGUUAAAAGAACAAAGAGCGGCAGAAAAACGGAAAGAAGGGCAAUCAAGUUCAAAAAGUCAAGAGGAAUACGUUAACGUUGAUAAAAUUAGUAUACGUGGGCGUAUAGAGCAAUCAACGGAUCACCGAAACGCCAGCGCCGAAUUCAUAGCAAAAAGAGAGAAAGCGAAAAAAGAUUACGGAGAAUCAGCGACAAAGAUUCUAGCAAUGGAAAGUACAUUGGCAAUGAAGUUUGAAUCCGAAUAUUCACAAAAUCCUCAGCUCUGGCCUAAUAUUCCAUUCAGAUUUUGACUAUUCUUUAUAUGAAGCUAAAAGCAUUUUUCGUGUCUA